GGCUGUGUGGGUGUGACAGCGCAGGGAGUGUCUGUGGAGUGUGUUAACUGACCAGACCGAUAAGAUAGCAGCCCUGCCAGCUCAACAAACUUAACGUUAUAUCACAAUAUAGCAGCAUGCGUGCGUGAGGAUCUCGCUGUGUCGCAGUAGUCUGAUAAAACAACAUACAUACUGUACAUACUGUGCGGAGGAGCUGACAACUGAGUGAGGAAACAUGUGGCUGCCCAUGCUUGGAAUGACCACCCUGCCACACCUGGGAGGGCUCUAUGGCGGUUACAUCACGCGCAGAGAGGUGAAGACCUGGUACCCAACCCUGCAGAAACCAUCAUGGCGCCCACCAAAUGCAGCAUUCCCUGUAGUGUGGACUUGUUUGUAUACAGGCAUGGGGUACGGUUCCUACCUGGUGUGGAAAGAGCUGAGAGGUGCCACUGAGGAUGCAUUGGUUCCACUGGGACUGUAUGGGCUGCAGCUAGCUCUGAACUGGGCCUGGACUCCUAUCUUCUUUGGUGCACACAAGCUGAAAUGGGCACUCAUUGACAUUGUGCUGCUCACUGGGACCGUCGGAGCCACCAUGGUGUCUUGGUAUCCCAUCAGCCGCACUGCCACUCUGCUGAUGGUGCCCUACCUGUCCUGGCUGUGCCUCGCAACCUCUCUCAACUACUGCAUAUGGAGAGACAACCCGAAGAAAAAAGAAGAGUAGGCGACAGUUCUGUGUGCUUUGAAAUGAACUACUCACACUUUGAAUCAUUUGAAUUUGAAUGUCCAACUGAUAUCACCGAGGGUUGACAUUACAAUAUCUGCAUAUAUGUUGACUAAUGUGCACAAAUUAUUUAAAAAUCAUGAUGAGGGCAUCGAGAAGUAGUCAUAGUUUGUCCAGCAGACUUGUUUGUUUACAGUCAUUUGCAGCACCUGAUAUGGCAGCAGAUUACACCUGAGCAGGUUGAUGAGGAUAAGUUGAAUGUUUGACUUUUUGAUAGUUUUGUUACCCAAAUUGAAUACAUCCUUUUAAAAAAAAGUGCAAGCUCUUAAAAAUUUUUGCAUAUUGGACACAAAAAUGCAACAUUGAUCAGGCUCCAUGUUUAAAUUGAAGUGAAUGAGAAUCACCUUGUCUUACAGAUUUUUAAAAUAAAUUCUUGGGUGUUUUUCAAGUGAAGUGUAAAACUGCAUUUGUUUGCUUUUAUUUAAUACAUAAAGAAUGUCCCACAUGUG